GAUGGACUCGAUCAGCUGGAGAGUUACUAAUGGGCCUUAUCUUGACCCAUAAUCGGCCCAUUAAUUGCUGCACCCCAGAACUUGUGUCGACAGAAUCAAAUCAACCAACGGCCACCGAAGUUGGAAGAUAAGCAAAAUGGCGACUUGGAUAACCUUACAUCCUCCUUAUCUACGCUUCUUCAUGCCAUCAUCGUCAUCAUCAUCAUCGGCGUUGUUGCCUGAUUCAUCCUCGUGGCGUCGACAUCACCGUUCUCUGUAUAAGCCAUUUCGAUGUGCUCCACUUCAACAACAAGAACGCCAGCUCGAGCAGGGAGGCGAAGAAGGUGUGAUAAUGUGUGAGGAGUGUGAGGGGAAAGGAUGGUUGCUCUGCGAUUUCUGUAAAGGGCAGAAAACUAAUGUUAAAUCUGAGAACAAUCGAAUCUAUCGUCGCUGUCCCACUUGUAGAGCUGUGGGAUAUGUGUUGUGCAAAAGAUGUAAAGUGUUCAAGUGUGUCACGUUUCCUAAUCCAGAAGACGGCGAGGAGCUUUUGUUCUAAGCUCUCUCUUUAAUUCAGUGACCCUUUUUGAGUUUCACUUUCAGGUUCCUUUCCUUUUUUCCCAUUUCUUGUUAUAUAUAUAUAUAUAACUCCAAUUUAGCCAUUUGUAUAAAGCACAUUUUGUAAUUGUUAUAACAUUAAUCUGAUAAGUGAUUGAAUUACCUUCUUCACU